UUCAAAUCUCACCAGAGGGAGAAGCGAGAGAAAAGCGAAGAAGAUGUCAGGAAGAGGAAAGGGAGGGAAGGGGCUUGGCAAGGGAGGUGCGAAGAGGCACAGGAAGGUCUUGAGGGACAACAUUCAGGGCAUCACCAAGCCCGCCAUCCGUCGUCUGGCCAGGCGUGGCGGAGUGAAGCGUAUCAGUGGUCUCAUCUACGAGGAGACCAGGGGAGUCCUCAAGAUCUUCCUUGAGAAUGUCAUCCGCGACGCCGUCACCUACACUGAGCAUGCCCGUCGCAAGACUGUCACCGCCAUGGAUGUUGUCUAUGCGUUGAAGAGGCAGGGCAGGACUCUCUACGGCUUCGGUGGUUAGAUGUUAGUUUCGAAAUUUGGGCCUAGGGUUUGCGUUUUUUUCUAGAUCUGCACCAAUUUAUGAAUAUAUCUGUUAUAUUUUGUUAAUGUUGGAGUGAUAUUAUGAAUGGCCAUCUUUAAUCAAAUUAGUUCUAAUGGAUUCUUACUUCUGGUUUUG